AUGGCGAUGAACUUCUUCGGCAACCCCGAGGGCGACGCCGCUUCGCAAGAUGUCACUUCCUUUCGAGCAGGGAAGUGUCGGAUCAACGGAUCUCUCGUCUCUCCGGAUACACGCAAAGGGCGACUGCAGAUCGGUGCGGGAGACGACGGGCUCACCCACGUGCAAUGGAUCAACCGCGAAACCCAACAGACCGAGGACGAUUUGAUUGUCAUCAAUGACGCGUACCUCGAACGCGUCCCCGAAUGCACAACUGGCCGUGUGUACUGCCUUCGUUUUACCUCCAGUGACAAGAAGAUGCUGUUCUGGAUGCAGGAGCCUGAUGCGUCCAAAGACGAGACCUUGAUUGAGCAAUUCAACGCCCGCGCCGGCGGCGUCCCUCCCUCGAGAAACGGGGGCGGACAGGCAGGCGCCUCUGGAGCCUCAGGAGCCGCAGGCGCGAACGACUCCGGCCCGAAUGCUCAAGGAAUCCAGCAACUGCGUCAGCUGCUUGCGAACUACUCGGAGUCUCUGAGGCGCGCGCGCGGACACUCUCAACCGACAGCGACGCCGUUGAACGAGGUGCUGAGCAGUCAAACUUUGUCGCGGAUUGCAGACGACGAGGAGGCAGUCCACGAACUAGUGGGGUUGAUGCCUGAGGGAUGCCGCACAGAGGGCGAUGUCCGAGAAGCCCUGAGAUCUGCGCAGCUGGCGGCGCCGAUGAGCGGCUUAACUCAAGCGAUUUACACGAACUCCGCGCCUCUCCUUUCGUCCAUGGGUGUAACUGCAGAGGACCGGGCUGCGGCGACGUCGCCCGACGCCAUGAUGGCCUUCGCACAGGCACUCGAGGCGCACUACCGUCCAGAGGAGAAGGAAGAGGAGAUCAUGUCGAACGAGGAAGCCGCGCGGGCCGAGCGAAACAAGCAGGGCGGGGAAGAAAAGAAAGACGGGGAAGAAUCAAAGACCGGACAAGAGACGUCCGACGGAGAGAAAAAGGCGGAUUAG